ACCAAUGUAACUUGUGAAUUAAACAAUAAACGCGGCUCUGCAUUUGAAUUCAAACUCGUGAUAUUUACGCCGUUUUCUCAAAUUCCUGCGGCGGCUACUAUUCUGUAUAGCAAAACCUUUUUCUUGAUUAAAAUUCAACCCAUGACGAAGAAGCAAGUGAAGUACUGUGUGGUGGAUGCAUUCACAGAAUCAGAAUCAGCGUUCAAGGGAAACCCAACUGCAGUUCAAUUGGUGGCCACUGAGUUCAAUCUCUCUGAGCUACAUGUUUAUUGACUUGGAUUCGGCUAAUCCCAGGUUUCACUCCUGUUGCUGAGUCUUGAAUUUGAUUGGGGCAAAACAAAGUUGAUUUGGACAUUCAACGGGACGUAAUAACGAAUAUGUCUGAUAUGUAUAUUAAACCCCUUUGUUGCCAAGGCAUCAACUAGAGGUGGCAUCAUAAAAUUACAUCUAGAUGAGAGGAAUCAAGGGUAAUGCUCCAAAGGAAAGUUGUUAUUGUGAUGGAAGGUUCUCUCCUAGUUUAAAUAUGGAGGAACCUGAUGUGAAGUGGUAGUAUGUUAUGCACAAGGUGGAAACCUGGGAACGUAUGGUGUCAUCGGUUACACAAUAUUUGCAAUCACUACACUUGAUUGGCAUGGCUUUUGACCAACUCGAAACUGUGGAAUUAUAUGGAGUGAAUCUUUCGUUUGAACUUCAGUCCAUAAAGCUUUUGCUUGCAUCUUCUCCUUCGCUUAAAUUGAUGAGAAUUUAUUACAUGAUUCAUGACCAUGAAGAAGCGUUCAGGGUUUCGCAAGAGUUAAUGAGAUUUUUUCAGGUGGAUGCAUUCACAGAAUCAGCGUUCAAGGGAAACCCAGCUGCAGUUUGUUUGUUAGAAGAGGAAAAAGAUGAGAAAUGGCUACAAUUGGUGGCCACUGAGUUCAAUCUCUCCGAGACAUGUUUCUUGACUAGGAUUGACUUGGAUUCGCCUAAUCCCAGGUUUCACCUCACAUGGUUCACUCCUGUUGCUGAGGUUAAACUUUGUGGCCAUGCAACUUUGGCGGCAUCCCACUUCAUCUUCUCAUCUGGUUUGGUGAAAGUGAAUGUGAUCGAGUUCAUGACACUGUCUGGAGUUUUGACUGCUAGGAGUGUUUCAAUGCCUGAAGUUUCUGUAUUAUCACAGUUGAAAAGUGAUGGUUUCUGUACAGAGUUGGAUUUUCCUGUCGUGCCACUGGUUGAAUAUACUUCUGCUGAGGUUGUGCUCUCAGCUGGAAAGACUGUUGCAGAAUUACAGCCGAUGUUUGAAAAGAUACAGAAACUUCCUUGCAGAGGAAUGACAGUAACAGCGCUUGCUCCCUCUGAAUCUGGGUUUGACAUAUACAGCCGCUUCUUUUGUCCUAAAUAUGGGAUUAAGGAGGAUCCUGUCACAGGCAGUGCACAUUGUGCCUUGGCACCCUAUUGGUGCCAAAAGCUGGGAAAAAGUGAUCUUGUUGCAUAUCAGUAUUUCGUGAAUUCAGGCAUCAACUAGAGGUGGCUUCAUAAGAUUACAUCUAGAUGAGAGGAAUCAAAGGGUAAUGCUCCAAGGGAAAGCUGUUACUGUGAUGGAAGGUUCUCUCCUAGUUUAAAUAUGGAGGUAUUCCUAGAAUGCCUAAAAUGAACCGGGAGCUAUUCAUAAUUAAAACAUCAGAAUCUUAAGAUCAUUAUAUUGUGUCUGUAACAGUUUACUUAACAAGUUUUUAUAGCUAUUUCUUGAUGAACACUAUUUUCUUAAA